GCAGCAUCCACCACCCGACUCUCCUCAAGGUCGCGCUUUCACAAAGCAUCACGGGAAGUAUCGGAUUCUCCGUGUGACCGUGCAUCAUUGGUGAAAUGUCACGAGUUCCCGACGCAAAGCUGCGUUGGUACGAAUAAAUGAAAGCGCAGGGAGGAGGAGGAGGAGGUGUGUGUGUGUGGAAGGGGGAAAAAAAGCCAGAGGUCACGGUGAUUAUUGCUGUUAUUGGCUGAAGCAAACUAGGGGCAUUUUAUACGUCAAAGGGCAACGUGAGAAUCGCCACGUAGUCCUAGUGUGACAAAAACACACGGAAAUAUUCAUCCAGAGUCAGUGGAUGAGAGAGACCGGCGCGGGAUCAGUCACGACAUCCAGCCAAGCUUAAGUGUAAUUUUUUUGUAUCGGAACCUGCGUGCAACACUGCGCGUGCACGACUCAUCUAUCCGCCACUCCCAUUUUACUGGAACAUGGAGGGGGAGAAGAAGGAAGUGACAGGCUAUCUUCUGUUCUCUCUGGCCACUGCUGUUAUCGGUUCCCUGCAGUUCGGCUACAACACAGGAGUCAUCAAUGCACCUGAGCAGAAACUCCGAGCGUUUUUCAACAGCACAUGGAUGGAACGUUAUGGCAAGCCCAUAGAUGAUGGCGUGUGCACCAUCGUGUGGAGUUUAGCCGUGGCGAUCUUCAGCGUGGGUGGAAUGGUGGGCUCCUUCAGUGUUGGUGUCCUUGCCAACAAGUUUGGGCGCCGCAAUUCCAUGUUUCUGGUGAAUAUCUUAGCCUUGAUCGGUGGAGGACUCAUGGGGUUUUGCACUCUUCUCUCUUCUUUUGAAAUGGUUAUUGCUGGCCGCUUGAUUAUUGGCCUCUUCUGUGGCCUUUUUACUGGUCUCACCCCCAUGUAUGUGGGGGAAGUUUCACCGACUCCUCUCCGGGGAGCCUUUGGGACGCUACACCAGCUUGGCGUGGUAGUAGGAAUCUUGAUUGCACAGAUCUUUGGCCUGGAGUUUCUGCUGGGGUCCGAUAAAUUGUGGCCUGUGCUGCUGGCUCUGACUGUGAUCCCUGCUGUACUACAAUGUAUUCUGCUGCCUUUGUGCCCUGAGAGUCCACGCUACCUCCUCAUUAACCUCAACAAAGAGGAACAGGCUCGCAAAGCAUUGGUGCGUCUCCGUGGCUGUGAGGACGUGUCUAAGGACAUGCAAGAGAUGAAGGAAGAAAGUGUAAAAAUGAACAUGGAAAAGAGGGUGACCAUCCCCGAGCUCUUCCGCACGGCCGUGUAUCGCCAGCCGCUUCUCAUCGCCAUCAUGCUUCAGCUCUCGCAGCAGCUGUCCGGGAUCAAUGCUGUGUUUUAUUACUCAACGGGUAUUUUUAAGAAUGCUGGUGUGACCCAGCCGAUAUAUGCUACCAUCGGAGCUGGAAUCGUGAACACUGUUUUCACUGUGGUAUCUCUCUUCCUUGUCGAAAGAGCCGGACGAAGGACUUUGCAUCUUAUCGGCUUAGGUGGCAUGGCAGUCAGUGCCCUGCUCAUGACCAUCACUCUUGUAUUGGGCCACAUCGCGUAUGUGAACUACGUGAGCAUUGCAGCAGUGUUUGCAUUUGUGGCUAUGUUUGAGAUGGGUCCAGGACCCAUCCCAUGGUUCAUUGUUGCUGAGCUCUUCUCCCAGGGACCACGUCCUGCUGCCAUGGCCGUUGCAGGAUGUUCCAACUGGACGGCCAACUUCCUUGUGGGCAUCAGUUUCCCAAAACUACAGGAACUGUGCGGGCCAUAUGUUUUCAUCAUCUUCACGAUCUUCCUCAUCCUCUUCUUCGUCUUCACAUUCUUCCGUGUUCCCGAGACCAAGGGUCGGACCUUCGAAGAGAUAGCUCAAAGCUUCGGCGGCGCUCCUCCUCCCCCAAGCACCAGCCUCCAGGAAGUCGACGUGGUCACAGUGCCGAGCUCUGCGGUGAAGGAGAAGGUCCCACUGGUGCCAGCGAACACUGAAGCGAAGGAGAUGCCAACUUCUUCUGGGAAUGCGGCUUCAGAGGGUGUGACUGGUGAGGAGAAACCUGAAUCAGCUACACAACCACUAGUUACAUCUACCACAGAACACAAAUCUGACGCUACUCUGCAGGAAAGUGUUUAGUUACAGCCGAAGAUUGUUGAAAUUUUUUUUUUGAUGUUAGAUAGAAACGAACACUUUGUCCACAGUGUCAGUAAAAUGUAUUGAAGUCUGUUUUUUCUGUUUUAAUGGCGCUAGUGCAAUGAAAUUCUCACAAAUUACUUAAAUGGCUUAUAUUUAUAUUGGAGGACUGGAUAGGACUGGACUUUGGGAAGUUUAGUUUCCAUCACAAUGUGCAUAUUAUACAAAAUGAAACCUAGUGAAACAUGGUAAAAACCUUAGACACCACUGAUCAGUAAAUAUCCUAUUUAACUGAUAAGAUCCAAAAAAAUGUUAGUAUAGAAUUUUGCUUAAAAGUGAAUAUAGUUGCUGCAGUAAUGAAGGUACGCACUAAGUAGUAAUGCUUUCACAUGUAAGCACAGUUUCAGCAUUUAUUAUAUACUGUGGUCUCCACACGUGCAAAUUAAUUCCAAGUAACCGCUCCUGCAAUCCAACUAUCAUUCGAUAUACAGGUCAUUUAAAAUUCCCAGACAUAAAUGUAACAUGUUUUAAAAAAGUUUUAGAGCGAAAAGGCAGAGAAUUUGUCACUUUUUUCCACGUUAUUGUGUAAGUGUUUUUGUGCCGCACCAUUUUAAAUGUUUAAGGCAGUUUAGGGUGAUUUAUGGUACAGAAAUUAAUGAAACUGCAUCUUUGCUUGCUUAGGUGAUGUCCUUGAUUAUUACUAUUUAUUUAUUUAUUUAUUUAUUUAAAUGUCCUUAUUUAUUUAAUUGUAUUUAUUUAUUUAUAACUACAUGUAAUAGAUAUUUUUAUUAUUAUUUUUUGUUGUUUGAUACAUUGACCAUAAGAUAUAUUUGUGUAAAAAUAUAUAUUUAUUGCUGUGCACUUUUAAGAUCCAAGAGAGCGUUGAAAACUAUAGCUUUUUCCUGUCUUUAAUGUCAAAAUUGUGAUUAUAGUACUAUAUGUCGUACCGAGGUGAUGCUUUCUUGUUAAGAUGAUGUGCAAUUAACGUAUCUGAUUUUUCUCCUUGAAAGCCAGAUUAGUGUGUGUUUUAGGUCGAUGUUUGCUUCUCACCAUCUGAACACAUCGUAUCAGGGGGCUAAUCAACUAAAUAUGUCUUGAGAAGUCAUUUUAGAAAGUCUAAAAUGGAAUCAAAUCUAUUUUUUUUUUUAUUCUACGCCAUAGAACUGGGGUCUAAGCCAGCAUGGCUGCAGGCUUUCACUUGUUUAAUCAGUUCUUCAGUCUUUAAUCAACUAAAGUGUACCUCCAGUUCGGCUAAAAACCUGCAGCCAUAUGCAGCCCUUUGUGGAUAAAACCGGAGACCGCAGCCAUAGAAUGUAAAAAAAUAUCUAUAUAUAUAUAUAUAUUAAAGAAUACUACCAAAUAUUACUCAUGUGUUUCCAUCACCGCCUGCUUUAGUGGCUUCCCCGUAAACACCAUUUAGUGUGCAAAACUAUAGAGGUAUUUUGAUAUAAAUGCAUAUUUAAAAUUUUAUGUAAAUGUAUCUAUUUUAAUUUUUAUUGGUGAUUUUUCUUGAUGAUUCCUCUGCUGCUGCUUCUACAAAAUAAAUAUGAACAAAGUAGAAAGAAUAUAUAUCAUAAUAUACCUAUAGAAUAAUAAUAAUAUUAAUAAUAAUAAUAAUAGUAUAUAAAAUAAUAUGACAUUUAUUUUUCCCUGCAGAGUGUAGC